AUGUUUUCUCUUAAAUCAAUAAGAUUGGCUUAUGCUUUCACUAGCUGUCGUCAUUCAUAUCAUAGUAUGCUUCCAACUAGUUCGAAGAAACGACGUACGUGGGUCACUUAUUCCUUGUUGGUCCUUCCAGCUACUGCAUUCGCUUUAGGAUAUUGGCAGAUACAUAGAAGAAGGUGGAAAAUUGAUUUGAUUGGAAAACUAAACGCAAGGAUUCCUGCUAAGCCUAUUCAAUUGCCUAAGAAUGUUGACUCUAGCAUUCAGCUUCCUGAGUUCACUCAUAUCUCGGUUCGAGGUUGUUUCGAUCAUUCACGAGAAGUAGUAAUUGGACCACGCUCAUUGAUUGAAGAUUUUAUACCUUCUAAAGGCUAUGGAAGCGAAUGGGUAGUGAGAUCACCAAACAAGUAUAUGCAGGCGAAUAUGGCUCGUCCAUCUGCUUCUGGUUAUUUUAUCGUAACACCAUUUUUCUUAGAAGAUAGACCUGGAACCUCCAUAUUAGUAAACCGUGGAUGGGUCCCAUAUGGUGCACGUGAUCCUACCAUUCGACCUAAUGGUCAGGUAAAGGGUGUCGUAGAACUGUCAGGUUAUAUACGGUAUCAAGAAAAGGCACCAUUUCGUAUAUUCGGUUCAAAGAUUCAACCUCUUACUUGUCUGGAUUAUGAAAAUCAAAAUCCACAUAUUCGUUAUUCUUGUCGACAGAUCGAUCAAAUGUCUAAUGAUUUGAAAACGUUACCGAUUUUCCUUGAUGCUGAUUAUGAGUCUAGUACUGUUGGUGGGCCAAUCGGUGGACAAACUCGAGUUGUUUUACGAAAUGAACAUGCAUCGUAUAUUUUCACUUGGUUCUCAUUGGGCACCAUCGGUCUGGGAAUGUGGAUAUACUUUUUCAUUUUUUAA